AGAGGUUGAACGUUGAACGGUGUUUCGGUUAGAACAAAAAAAAACGGAUUUUGAACCUUCCUUUGCGCCCUGAAUCCUUCUUAUAUUGAAUAUUAAUCAUUGAGGUGCAUUUAUGCGUGGGUGUUGAUUAAAUCUGCCCCAGCAAGAGGAGCUUUUCCCGCUUUUUUUUCCAAUAAAAAGAUGGAUUAUCUUUCCAAGUGGUGAGAUUAAAAAUAAAAUUCCUCUUGCAAGACACAUCUCUCCGGGUGAGGAGUCAUAAAUUAAGUGCGGAGGAUUUUCAAGAGGAAUUUUCUUCUGUAAAGUGAGUCCCUCACACACACGCUCUAAAUUAAUUAAUUAAGAAUAAAAAAAUCUAGCUCGUUCAGUGCUAAAAUUUCAUUAAACUAUCGUCUAGGUGGGACGGAAAGAAGUAAAUAAAAAAAGAAAUACAGAAUGGUGAGAAAAAAUCCAAUAUUUUGUGCGUGUUUUAGAAAAUUCUCGCGGGAGUUAUGAGAUUUUUUUUCUACAAGAAUUUUAGUGACCAAAAGUGGACUAUAUGAGUGGAUUUAUUUAAUUUCCCCAUGGUAGUGGUGGAGAGAGAAAGUUUUUCCGGAGGAAAAGGCAAGCAUCGUUAGUGUUAUGAAUUUUUGCUUCUGCACAAAACCACCACCCCCACACUUCAGGAAAAUUCACGCAUCCCCCCUCCUGGAAAAUCUCUAAAAUUUGCAUCAAAAGCCAAUAUGUGAUGUAACUUUGAUUCGUUAACUUUUGCAAUUUUCCCUCGCAAAAUUUUCCCAAAAAGGGAUGAUGAAGAAGUGCUCGUUGAAUGGAGGAAAUGAAUUGAUCUAAAUUUUAGUUUAUUCAGCACAAAGUGUGUGUGUGUGUGGAGAUUAAUCAAAAAGUGGGUGAAGAGUGAGAUAAUCCAACUAAAAGAGAAUUAUUGCAACAAUAAACAUUUACAAUUUUAAUGUGAAAAAGAUGUGGAUUUGAUGCUUUUUCGCAUGAGUGCAGUUUUACACGGAAAAACCCAUCGUCUUCCAUGAAAUUUGAGAGAUUGUGCAGUAGCUGAGAAGAACAACCAACGAAGAUAAUUUUCUCCAUUCUUUUUCUUUUUUUUUUGGGGGAUUUUGCAUUGCUGGAGUGAAAGCAGAAAUGUUUCUCGAUAGAGGCUACCCUUGAUGGUGGGCCGUGUCUCCAGAAUGUCUGAACCAAGUCGGAAUUUAUUGACGGUAGGCAGUUUGGAGAGUGGCGUCGUAGGUGCGGAAGGAUGCGUCAUUGGGGACAUCUUCGAAAACAGCUGCGAGGAGGAUUCUCUCUCGCCCACCUCCCUCAUUCAUCCCCCCGAAACGCCGCCAAUCAUCCACUUGCCGCCCCGAAAGAAAACAGCGAGGGUGGAAUUUGUCGAGGUGGACUCCACUGAUAAACCCAUCAAUCUGGAAGAUCGAGAUGAUGCCGUCCGCGCCAAAAUUUUUGAUGAGAUACGGAAUGCUUGCAAGCUCUCUGACAAACAUUCGGCCGAUCGGCUUGCCAGGCCCCGAAUGUCUCUGUUGGGGAAGCCACUUAAUUACAACAGGGGCGCACGUCGAGAUGCCCGCUACCGCCGCCUACAGUCGAGAGUCUACAACUUUCUGGAGCGCCCCCGUGGGUUUCCGGCAGUUUUUUACCACGUUCUAGUAUUUUUAAUGGUGUUCACAUGCCUGGCCUUAAGUGUGUUUUCUACAAUACAAGAAUACGAGGACCAAGCGAUUGAUCUCCUUUUCAGGAUGGAGAUUAUCGUGGUGAUUUGGUUUACAAUUGAAUUUUUUUUACGGUUAUGGUCUUCAGGAUGUCGAUCUCGAUAUCAAGGCGCAAUCGGGCGUUUACGAUUUUUAAAGAGGCCUUUCUGUAUCAUCGACAUAAUCACGAUAUGCGCAUCACUGGUGGUGCUCGGUAUGGGAACUUCGGGACAGGUGUUUGCGACCAGUGCACUGAGAGGCCUUCGUUUCUUCCAAAUAUUAAGAAUGGUGCGGAUGGAUCGACGUGGUGGAACGUGGAAACUUCUCGGGAGUGUCGUUUAUGCUCAUCGACAGGAACUGAUAACAACAUUGUACAUAGGUUUCCUUGGCCUUAUAUUUGCUUCCUUCCUCGUAUACUUGAUGGAGAAGGAUGUAAAUAAAAAAUUUAAUAAUUUUGCUCAAGCUUUAUGGUGGGGCGUGAUAACGCUGUGUACCGUGGGAUAUGGCGAUAUGGUGCCUGAAACAUGGCAAGGAAAAUUAAUAGCAUCCUUCUGUGCUCUUCUUGGAAUCUCAUUUUUCGCACUGCCGGCUGGCAUUCUGGGCAGCGGUUUCGCCCUGAAGGUCCAGCAACAACAGCGUCAGAAGCACAUGAUACGCCGUCGACAGCCCGCGGCUACGCUCAUUCAAUCACUCUGGAGGUGCUAUGCCGCCGAUGAGCAUAGCGUCUCCGUGGCCACGUGGAAGAUCCAUCAAGUUCCACUACCAAGUCCGCCACCAUCCUUUCGUGGCCAAAAGAUUUACCUAUUGACUAGACGAUAUCCCAGUGGUGUGGAAAGUUCAAAAUUGGAACCACCCGAUAAAUUGCCAUCAAGUUCCGGUGCAAUGCGGGCAUCUUCUAGUUUCAAACACAACGCAUCGUUUGUGGCGCGACUACCGACCAUCCGGAGGCACAAAUCGCAAUCGCUGCACUCACCUGGGAACCCCAAGCCACCAACGGGUGUGACAUCCAGAUCAACAAGGGGACCACGGUCCAUGGGAGAGGCCAAUGCGUCAGCUGAGAACUUGGAAGUAACAAAUAAUGGAAGACCUAUGAAUGCCAGCUUGAGUGAGGAUUCUGUUGCUGAGACGGCACUCUCGAAAAAGAAUUCCGAUGAUGAGGACGAGGAACCUCGAUGUAUACAGCUAACGAAUCAGCACAAAACGGCCAUAAGGUUUAUCCGAAAGCUCAAGUAUUUUGUAGCAAGGCGGAAGUUCAAGCAAGCUCUUAAGCCGUAUGACGUAAAAGAUGUAAUGGAGCAAUAUGCCAUUGGACAUGUGGAUUUGCUGGGUCGCGUGAAAAAUGUUCAAAAUAGGUUGGAUCAAAUUUUGGGUAAGCAAGGCUCAAAAGCAAAGGAUGUCUACGCGUCGAAAAUUAGCUUAGCAUCGAGAGUCGUUAAAGUGGAGCGGCAGGUGGACGAUAUUGAAACGAAGCUAGACACACUGAUAGAUCUCUAUAUGCAGGAUCGAAAGAGAUUCCUAUCGCUUCCAAUUAUUUCCGAUUCCCAACAUUCCAAUAACCUUCCGCCGCUGCCGCCGAAUCCUCCGGGAGGUGGGGGUGCGUCAGCGGGUGCAACAACCGUUGCCACCACAUCAAUGUCUUCGGGCAGCAGUGGAUCACUGAAGGUAGCCGGCGGGAAAUACCAAGCCGCGGGUGAUACGGGCUACCAUCAGGGUAGUGAUGCCCUUUCUUCUGCCUUUCAGCCCAAGCCAAUUCUCAUAGAUAAGCAAUUCUCAGAACCAAAUUCACCCAUCACAAAGACAUUUGAACAGCCCGUCCAACGGAGGCCACCGAUGCACAGGGGCUUCUCAGAUCUCAGUAAUCGAAUGAAGAAGCGUGUAACACUCAGUUCCAUUCCUACCCAAUAUGUUAGCAACAAUAACGAACAACAUGACGGAAGUGGUGAUGUAGUGAUAGUCGUGAAUGCCCUAGAUGAUGGUGAUCCAAUUGAAUCCGACGUUGUAGUCGGGGGACUUCCAGACGUGUGCAUUGAGACGGAGGGUGAUGUGGAGCCCAGCAGCCCCAAGACAAUAACCGAAAGUUCAAUCAUCAUGAUGGACGAGGAGAUUGAGGACUUGGAGGAGGAGGACCUGGAUAUUGAGGGUGAACUGGAUCCGGAUUCACCGCCAUGGGAUAUGUAUGACGUGGAUACGGGGGAUAUGGAUCUGGACACGGAGGAAACAGCCCUUCUGAGGAGCAAGGCGGCAAAUACGGAGAUUAUUGUUACGCCUAUUAGUCCUGUUGCGUCUUCGCAGAAUAUCUCAAGAAUGGAAGCUGAAGAGCAUGCGAGAGCAAUUGGAGGUAGCGGAGAAUUCAGCGGUGGUGCUCAAUCAUCCAGGAUGGACCUUCUGAAGCCCGAAAUGGCCCAAAGUCAUCGACUUCUCAACACAGAUGACGUAUGAGAUUGGCUUUCACUUGUGUAUUAUUCAAUAAUUCCCUUCCAUCACCAUCACGCCACUCUAUUCUUGUUUUCCUUCCACUUUCGCAAAGCGUUCUCUCCCCUGCCCCCCUCCACAAACACACCAAAUCCCCUUAGGCCAUGUGCAUAUGUAUAUUAAUUAUUUUAAUACAAUAUACAUAUAGAUAUUAUGACAGAGAAAAUUCAUUUAAUAAUAAAUUAAUAACCUUUUGGGUGAAAUCUCAAUUCUUCCUCGUAAGAUUAACACUCUCUGCAGAGAAUUUAGUCAACGACCCAGACAACACAUACUCUACACCCCCAUUUGACCCUCGUGCAAAAUAAAUGGAAUUACUGAUGCGAAAUAAAUUUUCUACGAGGAAUUAAAGAAAAUGGAAAAUUUAUAAUUAUACAAUUAAAAUUAGGAAAUUAUAUAAAAAAUUGAAGAGGAAAAUUCGGCUAUUAGUAGAAUUUUACAAUGAAGAAAAGCGAGAAGAAAAAUUAAAUCUCUUUGUUUUAAGCAAGGAUAUUCAUCGAAUAUUUGAUUUUUUUUGAAAAAUCUUUAAUUUUUUAAUAGAAAAAUAUUCUCUUUUUUUCAAAAUAUUGGGGAUGAUUCAUUUGAAAAUAUUUUCUUUCUGUUUGCAAGGAUAAAAGCUUUUCUUUUAUAGCACCAAAUGUGUCUCAGCUAAAAGGUCAAGAACUGUCAAAUCUUGCAAUUCAUAUUCACAGAAUAGACGAAAGAAGACCUAUAAAACCACAAGUUUUAAGAGAAGAAAAUAUUUCCUAGAGAAUCAAUCCCCUUUUAUUCUUUCUAAUUCGUUAAAAACAAAUAAAUUUGUUAAAAAUUGUGAAUACUGCAAAUACAUAUCGUUUUUAUGGUAAAAAAAAGAAUAUUAAUAUUGUUAUAUUAUUUUUAAAAAGAAAUAUUUUUAAAAAAUGUUGAUAUUUUCCCUAUAAAUCCUUCUUUUAAACAAAACUCAGUUUUUUAAUAGGAAAAUGAAAUGCGAAGAAAUAAAUGCGCGGAUGCAAAAAAAAAGUCUUAAAAGUGAUAUAAAAAAUAUAGGAAAUAACUCUAUGAAGAAGAAAUGAAACUGUAGGGAUUGCUUUGUUGGGAAAUUUUCAUUUAUUUUGUUAAACAAAUAUCUUCUGCUUUAGAUAAAAAUUAAUAUAAAAAAAGAAAAAUUUAUUCUAUAGAAUUAAUUCGCGCGUUGAAUAUAAAAAAAAUUGAUAGAAUCAUCGAGAUUUUAUCUAAUAAAGAAAUAUAAAUAAAAUGUCACUGAAGAAUUAAAAAAUAUAUAUACAAUAAAGUAUAAACUUAAGGUUAAAAAAGCGAAAAAAUACAAAAUAAAACUUAAUUUUACUUGAAAUUAAAAAUUUCACACAAAAGGCGAAUAUAGUGAAAAGAAAGAAAAAAGUUUAAUAGACUGUUUUAAAAUAUAUAAAAAGAAUUAUAUAUAUUAAAUUAGAUGAGAGAAAAAACAAAUUGUUCUUGUAGAAAUAUAUAUAGGUACUAAACGAGUGAGGUCUUCAAUGAAUGGAAUAUCAAAUACAAAAAAAUGAAAAACUAAAAAUAAACUCAUUUGCUUUUCCACUUUUCUAUUGCAAGAACUGACUGUAGUAAGAAAAAAAUGUAUUUGCAUCUCAAAGACAUUUAAACUGAAAGAACAAUGACAAAAAAAAUCUCUUCUAUAGUAUUCUAAAGAAAAAAAAGGUUUUUGAAAGAAAAAUUCAAAAAAUUUCCGUAGAAUUUUGAGUUUGUAAAAAAUAUAAAUAAAUAAACAAAUGAAAAGGAUAAAAAAUAUUAAUUUACACAAUUAAUAAAAAGAAAACAUUUAAAAGUGAAUGAUAACCUUAUUAUGAAAAAGGGAUCACAAAAUGGUACAAGAGCUUUACGAAGAACAAAAUAAAUAUUAAUUACUAUAUUACCUAAUUCAUUAUAUAGUAAAAAAAAAUAAAAAAAACAUUUCUAUUAAAUAAAAAUUUAGUCAGAUUCAAAAUCAUUAUAAAAUAAAGUAAAAGUCAAAAUGGCUUUCCCAUAGAUUUAUUAGAAAGGUUUCUUUUAAAUAGAUUUUUAGAAUUUUAUUAAUCAGUUGUAAAAAAGCUUCUUGCAACAGUAAUUAUCCUAUCUGCUGUAGAAAUCCCUAUUUUGAUACGAUAAUUGUUGUUGCAAGCUGCAAUUGCAAGCACGGGCGAAUUGGUCGUAUUAAAAAAAAAACAAAGUCUUCAAUUCAAAAUUAAAUAGAAUUGAUUAGAAUGUAAAAAAUUAAAAGAAUUGUUUGAUUCCUAAAAAAAGAUUUUUUUUCAAAAAUUUUUUAAACAAAUAUUCAUCUUAGAAAUGUAACCUAUUCACCCCGUAAUUAGUAAUAUUUUCAACGCAAGCACAAGAACUUAUAGCUAAAGAGAAGAAUUUUCUUGGAGCUUUCAUGCUAUGAGAAAACGUUCAAAAAAAUUAAUCAAAAACGCAAACGAAAUCAAUUUGAAUUAACGCUUCAAAAGUUUUUAAAGAUCACUUUUUUAACUCAACGAUUUAAAACACUUAAAAUGAAUAAAAUUUAGCACAAAAUAUUCCCAAAAAAAAUCAAAGAAAACAUUAUCAAAAGAAUUCUCUUUAAAGAAAAAAAAUUCUCAGCAAAAGUGAAAACUCCGCACAGCUUUAAUGGACGCACCAAAGCAAAGGUCAAACAGAAGCUAAAAAGCGCUGUCCAAUUGUAAAAGUCGACCUACAAAAAGCAAUUAGCCCCAAGAAAAUUCCCUUCUUCUUUGUAGAAAAAGACGAGAGAGGGAAAAAAAGAAGAAAAAUUACCCCGCAAAUUACAAGAAGAAAAGAAUAGAAAAGAGUUGUAAUCAAAAAUGUACAGCAAAGUCGUUCAAUUUGCCAUAGAAAAAUAUUUUAUACAUUUACCUUUGUUUCGGGAGGGGGUGCUGUACGGGGGUGAGGGGGAAAUGGUAUGUUGUAUAGCAAAAUGAACCUAAUCAAAUAAAUGUAUAUAAUAUGGUUGGGAGGCAUGAAAUGAGAACAUUUCAAUUCCCCAAGUAAAGAAAUGUUUCAUUUUUUCAAUAUUUGGUUUGCUCGAUAAUUGCCUCUAAUCAAUUCAAUUUUUAAUUUAAAAAAAAAUCUUCGGACCGAUUUUGAUAAGUAAGAAUAAUUCUGAAUUGAAAUUUUCAUUGUUCUGUUUUUUUUAACGGUCAAACGGUUUUCUAGUGAUUCAAAAGGGGAUUUUGAUGGAUAAACCCUUACAGAUCCGAUGAUUUUGCAAAAUAAGUCAAAUCUUAUUUGAUUCUUUGAUCUAAAUCAUCUAAAUCGAAUGGCCAAGUGUUUAAGUCUUUAAACUGAAAUAUUUCCUAGAAAAUCUAUAAUUUUCUUAGAGUUAAAACCUUUUAAUGCUUCUAGAAUAAAUUUUUUUAAUAGGCAAUUUAGAAAGUUUGAAAUAAGAUAAAUGGAUGAAAACUAAAUGAUAAAAAAAUUCACAAAGAACAUUUUCUUCCAAGAAAUCCAACAUUUGAAAUGAAAACUUUGUGAAAUUCUUCUUUCAUUCCUCCCAACUCAUGCCAUUCAAUUUUUUUGUGAAGUAGUGAAAAAAAAGGUUCCAUAGACGACAAAGAGCAGAAAAAAGUAAAAGGACGAGGAAAAGGAGUUAAAGGACAAAGGAGGAAGGUGUAGUGAACUUCCUAAACGCGCCAUUUUUCCUCUCUUUAUUUGCCCAUUGUUUUUCUUCCAUUUAUUGCGCCAUCGAAUAAUUCUUUAUUCUUUCACUUUAGAAUAUUAAAUAAAUAUUACAUAUAGGACGCAACAGAAAGGGGAUAAAGAGGGAAAUAAAUCAGCAAAUAUAAUGUAGAUAAAAUAAAAUAUAUAUUUUUAUGGUGCUGUAAAAAAAAUUACGCAAAUUGUAACGAUAAAUUCUAUUAAAUUGCCAUAAAGUUAAAUCUCGACGUUUAUUAUUAAUUUUUAUUCCCAAAACGGAAUGAAAACAAAAAUCCAAUAAAUUAUUCACUUUCCACAAAUUGACAAAUAAAAAAUGAAUUCUAUAAAUUUAAAUUAAUUUCUUUUUCUUUUAAAAUAAAUCUAUAUAUUUGUACCUAUAAUUAAUUCAAAGCAACUUUGCACUGAAGCUUCAGUGAAUAGUACUUAUAUAAUCAACCAAUGAACACUCGUUUUGAAUUUAGUCAGCCAAUCAGAGAGAACCUUUAAUUCUUCUUCUUAUUCAUUGAUAUUUCAACACGGAAACUUUAGUCUUGAUUCAGUGCAAAGUUCCUUUGAAUUGAGUAUUAAUUUCCUCUAUUAAAUGCAUAAAGAAAGAUUAAAAAAAAAAAGAAUAUAAUAUUGUACAAAAAAAAUCAAUGAACCAAUUAACUCAAAUGUGAUAAAUUUAAUUUCAUCUGAAUUUUAAUAAGUGAUUUGAAUAGUUGAAAAAAAUCGCACUUUAAAUUUUUCUGCUAAUUUCCAAUCAAUUUCAUUAUCUUUUUCUUCAACACAAAAAAUCCCCAAAAAAGGGAUUUUUCUCUUAACAAAAAAAUCACCUUCAAAUAAAAAGCCAAAAGUAGAACAAAAAAUAUUUUAUUGUAAAAAAAUAGAAGAAAUUUGAUUUUGUAAAAAGAUUUCUUUGAAAAAAAUCGCAUGUGAUUUGAUCGGUGAUUGCUAAAUGAAAAAGAAAAAAAUAGUUUUUAAAAAAUAUGUAAAAAAUUUCUUUAUUAGGCAGAUUAUAAAAAAAGAAAUAAAUUAAAAGCGAACGAAAUAAAAAAUUCAUUUACUCGAA